UCAUUUCAUAUUUUCUUUCCCUAAUAGUAGGUAUAUCGUUACUGUUGGGUGCACACCGUUGUAUACCACCCUCACCUCAUAUACUCUAUCGAUCGAAAGUUUGUUUUCUAGUGCGCGAAUAGAAACAAGUCUAAAAUUGAAAAUGGUAAAACCGGACUUUCAAAUGGUUCUCGAGGCCGAAGAAAACACUCUGAUGUACAUUUGCUUAUAUCAAAUGGACGAUUUGAUGGAAAAAUUGAAAAUUCUCAACUACGAGAGAUUGUUGUCGGAAAUGAAGAUGAAGCCGUUAGGCCGAUAUUAUUUCCUGAAAAGUGUCAAUCCCGGUGAACAAUUUUUCAUGUUCACUUCACUGUGUGCUUGGUUAAUACGACAGAGUGGUAGAGCGUUCGAACAGCCGCAAGAGUUCCAUGACCCCAGUUUGACGAUAGCGAAUAUCGUCAAAGUAUUGCAAGAAAUGGACAUAUCAACCGAUUUUCCAACAUCGAAGUUAAUGCAAGGUGCUGGUUUCAUUUGUUGGUACAUUUUAGAUUGCCUAGCAACGCAAACAAUGAAAUUGACAACAAAGUUCCUAUCGCCACAAAUACAAGACGAGGAAGACGUUGCCGUUGAAUACGUAGACAAUGAGAAUGAAAUUAUUUUGGAACGGGUUGAGGAAGAACAAAAUGCUCUGUUUAGCGAUGAUAGUGACGAUGAUGCCGACGAAAAUGCUCUGCUGGAUUUAAAGGGCAGAACUAAUACGAAAGUCACCGGUUUUCCAACGUUUGCCGAAAACAAUUUGACUGACAUCGAAAAUUGGAGGCUUGAGUUUGAAAGGGCAUUACCACAACUCAAAGUCGUGGUGAAGUCAGAAUCGAGAGAUUGGAGAGCCCAUUGGGAACAAAUGAAAAAUUUACAAGAAAAUAUAAAUUCGACAUCAGAAACCACUCAAAACCAACUGCAACGCCUACAAAACGACAUCGUCUUUGCAAUGGAAAAAAUUGAGAUCCGUGAGAAGCACUUGAACAACGAUCUGUGCUCUGCACUGAUCCAACAAUACAAAACCGUUUCGGUGGACUACUCGCAAAUUCGCAAUGCUAUCCAGACAAACGAUGCGGAGAAAAUGGAUUUCGAUCAACAAUUGAAGAAAGUCGAACACAAUUUGGAAAAUGUAAAAAUUCAAAUGGAACAACGGGGCAACACCAUGUCGGAUGGAAGUCCACUGAUCAACAUCAAAAAGGCCAUCGCAAAGAUCAAGGAAGAAAUUAUCGAAAUGGAACUGGAAAUUGGUGUACUGAAGCAUAGUCUCGAUCAAGACAUAAUUAAGCAGAAUGCUCUCUACGCCGAAUUGGAUCCGGUACCGGACUUUGAUAGUUAAUAAUCGACGCUUAUCAGUCUCGGAUGUGGCGC